CCUCUCAGAAACAACCUUAUCUCCUGCACUACGCCUGAGUCUUCGCCCUUUGCUGGUGUGCUACUCCUGCCUCCUGCGGCAGCGAGAGAAACUCUCAAUUCCGGUUCAGUAAUCUUACGCUCUGGUCUACUUUCAGAUCUGGGGAGACCUAAAUCCAGACUAAUUCCCAUGAACUCUUGAACCUUUUUUGACUGGGCUGCUUGGACUUUUGACGUACGACACUACCAAGGGCGAGCCAGUUGACCGGGUAUGGUAAUUGUCGACACAGCAGCCAAAGGUCGAGUGCUUCUGGAGGGCCGCUGGCUGGAUUCGACACGGAGGAUUUAUGAAGUGCUUUGCCUGGAUCGAAUCGGCCGUGCAGGCAUUAGCAAAUGACAGCAAAGGCGGUCAACGGAAGGAUGAUCACAAGGAAACAACCUCGCAGCAGACAUACAACGAAGAUGAGACCAAGAUCAGUCAGGCUGAGGGGCCAUCACCGACGGCAGCCUCACCUCCUUCCAUACAGACAACAGAAAAGCCGCAUGGAAACUCAACAACCGAUAUCUGGACCGAUCCUAAGCCAUUGCCAAGCACAGAAAUUUCUGGUUCGGCAAUACGUCCAACAAUACGCUCCAUAUCCGAAGAAAAUCUGCCAGUAAGGACAAGCAGCAAGAGAUCUAGCAAACCACCUGGGGCAAUGGCAACUUCAAAAGAGCCACUACAUGAUGUAUCGUUGGCUUUCGACUACAACCCAGCGGUCGUGGCCUACGUAUCAAGUGGCCGUGUCAACAUUCCACGGACUUUGAGGCGACGGAAUAUGAGCUCCACUUCUACUAUUUUCAAGAACUCACCACUUGCACCAAUCACAAUCAUUGUCACUACACCAGAAGAACAGAUUCCUUCACCACCGCCAACCGCUGCACUGGUGGCGGAGCCACACAACCCAUUUAAUGCUAUAAGGGCCCACCGACAGUCGGUAUCAUUGCCUUCGUCACGAAGAACAAGUUUGUCAUCGUCGCCUCACCUCCUGAUUCCGGAUUCAAAUAGGUUAAUGCCGCCUACCGAACAGCAGAUCAAUUCCAACAAGUUGAGAAAGGCUCGCGAAUUCCGGGAGAUCCGGAAAUUCCUCAUUAACUUCAUGAAUGCGAAAGGCGACAAGUUUCCAAAGAAGCUACGGGUACGGAUGAUGGAAAUGUACUGCAUUACAGAAGCCGACCUCUCACCCGAGACAGUAGCGAAAUUCGAUGCCGAUAGAGAUGAAGGCGUAGUAUUGGAGCAAUUGGGCAUUUCGGAACAGGAAGGCACAGAUCUGGAUGACCUCCGGAUCUUACAAAUGGCAUUCAUGAGUCAGAUCCCUGUCGUGACUCCAACGCGGGAACAGGCAUUGUGCCGAAUUUGCAGCGUGUGCAAGAAACGGACGUUCCUCCCGUCCCGUCGAUCCCAACCGAGUUCACAGCAGUGAAGCGAGGAAGAAAUAGUACUCUUUCUGGUGGAACGACCUCGGUAGCUGUUGAUGCCAAACUUCGCAUCGUGGACCAACAGACAAGGACUAAGCGCGGGAAUAUCAUCUCUGGUGCGUUUGGAUCAAUUCGUGAA